ACGACAGACUCGGUGACACGGCUCAUGGUAUACUGUGCCUUCUACUUCUGCCAUCUAUUCCAGUCUGAUCAAUACUGACCAGGUGACUCUCCAACAAGUUAAAAUAAUAUACGAUUCUAAAGUUUGCAGAAUCGGACUGAUGUUCACAGACUGCGAUGGCAGGCUCAGGGUGGAGAAUAUUCCUCUGUUUUCUGAGCUUAACCUCAGGCUACUAUGAAUAUGAUGGCCCGCCUAACUAUGUCCAACAUGACUCUGAGCGUGGCAUUUAGGGCAACGCUCACAACUGUGGACCUCACUCACUAUAGCAACUUCCGCACAGUGCCCAUCAUCUAUGAUCUCUCCAAAGCAACUCUGGAAUUUGGCGGGGUGACUUAUAGACUGGAGCAGGGAAUCCCAAACUCGAAGUUACUUGUCGGUCAAACAUACAACUUGACGUUCUGUACAAGGAACUUACUGAAACCCUUUGUAUUGUCCAUCUGGGAUGUGGUUGGCGGUUCCUACGAGUCCCAGGACCAGGACUGCGUCCACAGCUACAACAUGCUCAUCAGCAGACAGCACCUGAAGGAGGCCAUCUUGUUCAAGUUUGCCGAAACCGUCGGCUGCAUGAGGACAAGGAUCUACGCAGUCUACGUCGGACAGUCAAGCAGUAAGGCGGCGCCAGGACCUCGACGCCCGAUGCAGAGCGGGAGAGUUGCGCCCUGGUUUCUGCUGUGCGCCAUUGCCUGUCUGCUACAACGACGCGAACCCUUGCGGUUGCCCGGCCCAGCAGGCCUCGUUUGAGAUCGUGUCUGGGAGAUGAAAUGUGGCCAAGGCUAUAAAACAAUUUGUAAACUUACUUAAUUACUUACUUAUGUACUAGAGUAAUAUUUUGCUUCCUUACUUAUUUGCUCGAUUUACCU